CCUCUCAGUCAUUCCCAAGAUGGCGGACCUACUGGGCUCCAUCCUGAGCUCCAUGGAGAAGCCACCCAGCCUCGGCGACCAGGAAAGUCGGCGCAAGGCCCGAGAGCAGGCUGCACGCCUGAAGAAACUGCAAGAACAAGACAAGCAGCAGAAAGUGGAGUUUCGUAAAAGGAUGGAGAAAGAGGUGUCUGAUUUCAUUCAAGACAGUGCACAGAUCAAGAAAAAGUUCCAGCCUAUGAACAAAAUAGAGAGAAGCAUACUACAUGAUGUGGUGGAAGUGGCUGGUUUAACAUCCUUCUCUUUUGGGGAAGAUGAUGACUGUCGCUAUGUUAUGAUCUUCAAAAAGGAGUUUGCACCCUCAGAUGAGGAGCUGGACUCCUACCGUCAUGGAGAGGAGUGGGACCCCCAGAAGGCUGAGGAGAAGCGAAAGCUAAAGGAGCUGGCCCAGAGGCAGGAGGAGGAGGCAGCCCAGAAGGGACCUGUGGUGGUGAGCCCUGCCAGUGACUACAAAGACAAGUAUAGCCACCUCAUUGGCAAGGGAGCAGCCAAGGAUGCAGCUCACAUGCUACAAGCCAACAAGACCUAUGGCUGUGUGCCUGUGGCCAACAAGCGGGACACACGCUCCAUUGAAGAGGCCAUGAAUGAGAUCCGAGCCAAGAAACGUCUGCGGCAGAGCGGGGAAGAGUUGCCAACUACCUCUUAGGCAUUCCACCCAGCUCCCUUUAACCUCCAGCAGGGCAGGGGCAGGAGGCUGCUGCUAUCAGGACCCAUCCUGAGCCCUAUCUCUGAACCUUCAGGUCCUACCAGCUGUCAUUCAGGCUGGGGGAGGAGGGGGACAGGUAUUUGUCACCGUUGGAGCUUGGGUGUUGGAUAUGGGCUGUGUGUGUGUGUGUGUGUGUGUGUGUGUGUGUGUGUGUGUGUGUGAGAGAGAGAGAGAGAGAGAGAGAGAGAGAGAGAGAGAGGUGGGGGGAGAACAGGUGGGUAUUUAAUCUGUUAAUCUGUAUUAUUCUGUUUUCCUUGGAACUGUCUUCCCCAUGGAUGAGGCUGGAGUUACUUUACAUUCAAUAAACACUGUUUGACCUUAUGAAUGUCUUGGAGGCAGUGACAAGAUGAAAAGAUAAUUUCAGGUUGAAUAAUAUAAAAGCACCUAGCUUAAAAUUGUUGUUUGUAUAAGCUAAAGAUUAUCAGUUAUUGGCACUAUCAUUAGGAGUUACAAGGUUCUCUUUAAAAAAAAAAAAAAAAAUUAGGGCUGGGGAGAUGGCUUAGUAGUUAA